AUGAUGGCUACCCGAGAUGCUGGUAGUAUUGUCUACGGCGACUUUCAUGGAGUACUCGAGGUUGAGGAGAUAUUAGGGGAGGAAUAUAGCCGCGAUAUUGAGUUCAUGGAACUCAAAGCUAUAGAAAUAGACAAAUGUCAUACCCAAUCUGCGUUGCAACUUACUGAGUCUACCAGGAAGGUCACACUUCCUGGUAAUUUGCAAUAUUUGCGGAUGUGCAAGGCUAUAGAUCGAAAUCGUCUCUUACUAAUUUACGGGAAAUGUGAUGACAUGCCGUUUCAAGGUGACCUUGAACGCUCAGGCAUACAUAUACAUGCGGUACACACUGUUAAGGUGCCGAGAUAUUCACCUUGUACUACUGAACAAUACCAUCAAUGGUCGAAAUAUUGGCCACUCAAGUAUCUGAAACCGAAAGUUACGCCCGUAGUUUGUGGGCAUUUAACCAAACUGAAAGUUACAGAAUCGCAUCAAAGACAGGGCAAAGCUGUCUGUAUCAUCACAUACAAUGAUCGCAUUAUCGCAAAAGCGGUUGACGACCGCGAUAGUAACAUACUCAAUCAUGCAGCGUUACUUGCUGUUAGGAAGGUUGCUGAAGCACAGCAAGCCGAUCCAAAGUUGAUGACGAAUGCAAAGAAAAGAUAUAUGGGACAACGGUACAGCUCGGAAGAUAAAGGCGAGUUUGACGCAGCUGAGAGUGAUAUUGAAAUCCCCGAUUAUCUUUGUACUCAAUGCGAGGUUUUCAUAAGCCAUGAGCCAUGUUGUAUGUGUGCUAUGGCAUUGCUGCACUCAAGAGUGUCAAGUGUUACUUGUAUAAUGCAAAGAUACGCCCUCAUACCUCCGCUACAUAUAUUAGGAGCACUUCGGCGGUUGCACAUAUCCUACUCAAAUAAACGACUUGAUACCGCUGAUAUCGCAAGAAGAUUGGUAAUAUACACUACGGGUGAUAAAUUGAAGCUUAAGUUUCCGCAGCUAUACGUUACUUGGGAAAUUCUGGAUUACGAUGCGCCUGCGUCGCUGAACGUGGAAUUUCUCAACGGGAAAACUAGACGGUACAUUAUCGAAGGAUAUAGCAAACCAGAACGUGAACGUCUGGUAGCAGAGUGGCAAUUUAAAGCCAAGCUAGAGCCGUGGCCAGAGACUCUAGCGCCGACAUUCGAGGGUAAUAAGGAGUCUAAAGGGAGCAACAAUGGAGAAGCCGAGGGAGGAUCAUAG